AUGAGUGCGACCUUUACGUGCUCGCGUCGCGCUACUUUUGCGGCGGCGUCUUUGCGCGGAAACGACGAGAGCAUUAGGAAGGGACGAAAGAUGAUGCGCGAAAAUCAUCAUCAUCAUCAUCAUCGUCGCUCUUGUAUUGGAAACGAGAAUUUCACCGAUCGAGAUUUUCGACGUCUUUGUUCUUCUUCUUCUUCUUCUUCUUCGAGAAGAGGAGGAAAAGGAAAAGGAGCAGAAGAACGACGACGACGAUUUUCGUCGCUGACGGCGUCUUCUUCGUCCCCGUCGUCUUCUUCUUCGCAGCAAAAAAAGUAUUGCGUUUCAACCGUGGACGCGUCGGCGAUUUUAGUCCCUCAUCCGGACAAAUCUGCCACGGGAGGUGAAGAUUCGUGUUUCGUGUUGAAACGGUCGAACGCGUUCGGGGUAUUCGACGGCGUCGGCGGGUGGUCAGACGAAGGGGUAAACCCAGCGGAGUAUUCAGAAACGUUCGCGUCUGAAGCCGCGAAAGCAGUGACAAAAGAGAAGAUGAGGAAUCCGGUGGAUAUAAUGGUGCGAGCGCACAAGAUGACGCGAGUGGUCGGGUCGAGCACGGCGUGCGUGUGCGUGGUGGAGGAAGGCGAGGCGACGUUUGCAAACGUAGGAGACGCGGGGGGGAUUGUCGCCAGGAAUGGCGCGUGCGUGUUUAAGACGGAACCGAUGCAACACGAGUUUAACAUGCCGUUUCAGUUGGGGUGGAAAGAGGCGUACCCGGAAACGGACGAUCCAAGGAGAGCGGACGUGAAAAAAGUUCGAUUAAAACGAGGGGAUUGCGUCGUGUUGGGAUCGGACGGGUUGUGGGAUAACGUGCCGCACGAAGACGUUGCGAUUUUGUGCGACGAGAACGAAGGAGACGCGGUGAAAUGCGCGGAGCAGAUUGCGAGGUUAGCGUUUUCGAGGAGCACGGACGAGGAGUACGAUUCGCCGUUCAUGAUUGCCGCGAGGAGAGAAGGUAUGGAGUUGACGUGGGCGGAGAAGUUACAAGGCGUUAAAUUAACUGGAGGGAAGAUGGAUGAUAUCGCAGUCGUGGUGGCGUUCGUCGGUUAG